CAAUACUCAUUAAAUAACUUAACAUUUUACGAAACUUCUUCAAAACCAUUAUAAAAACAAAACUUGUAACUCAGUCGGGAAUGUUUUAAAAUUUUUUGCGAUAAUCAUUACAUUUUUAUCAGCCAAAACUAAAAAUAACUAACCUUAAUUUUAUUGGUAUACAUCAUUAAAAAUGGGCCUAGUAAAGCUUAUGAACCCGAAUAAUGACGAAACAAAUUUUGAAAGGAAAGGCAAAGGAAGAAAUUGGUUCGUUUACUUUUGUAGCUUCACAGCUGAUCUAUUACUAGUUUCCUUCGGCUUCUCACUCGCAUGGCCAUCAUCGGUGAUUCCCCAACUCAAAUCGGACGAUCCCGAAGUCAACCCGUUGACAACAGUCUGCACGACGCUACACAUAUCGAUAUUGGCAGCCCUGCCGUUCUUCGGAUCAUGCUUAGGACUGAUUUACAUGCCAGCGUCGGCUGAUAACCUUGGAAGAAAGAAGACCCUCUUCAAUGUGUCGCUAGUGCUGCUUAUGUCGUUCACAACCUUAGCGUUCGCCAAACAGAUUUACAUUUAUUUCGUUUGUGUAUUUAUUAACGGAUUUUGCGAAGCACUUUUAGUAGCAACGGUUAGUGUGUACAAUUCGGAGAUCUCUACAGAUCGAAUUAGAGGGAAAGUAAGCUGUUUUUCUGGGAUGUGCGUACCAUUCGGUUCUUUAUUGGGGUACUACUCAGGCGGUAGUAGUGUUAAAACCAUAGCUAUGAUAGGUACUGUCUGUCCGUCACUGUUCCUGUUGCUUUCCUUCUUUUUGCCAGAAUCUCCAAUAUUUUUGGCAACGAAGGAACUGAAAUGUUUAAAAUCGUUAGAGGCAUUGAGGGGAACUGUAGACGUGGAAAUGGAAUUUACGAAAAUGACAGAAACAGAAACCGUAAAGCAACCUAAAAGAAGUGAUCUAUUCAAAGGCGGCCCUUCUUCAAAAGCAUUUUUGUUGUGUCUAGAAAUAGCUUUAGCACAAGAAGCCACCGGUAUUUUUAUACUAGGUGUAUUUAUGGCGCCAAUAUUUAACGAAUCUGACAGUUAUUUGUCGGGGAAUUAUCUUGGGGUAUUGGCAGGGUUGAUACAAAUUAUUUUCGUGUUUAUUGCGUCUUUUUUUAUAGACCGAUGGGGCAGGAGACCACUUUUACUGUGCUCUAAUGUAUUUUGCAUAUUCAGUUUGUUCGUUUUGGGAUUGUAUUUUUAUUUACAACUCACAAGACCUGAUUUGGUUGAAAAUCUUAGAUGGCUGCCUAUUUUCGGUAUUUCAGUAUACUACAGUGGGUACAGUAUCGAACAAAUUGGGAUACAUUUCAGUUUGUGGAUUUGUUGUGUAAGUUCUAUUAUUGCCAGUUUUUUAAUAUAUUUUACUCUACCAGAAACUAAAGGAAAGAGUUUUGCGGAAAUUCAAAAUAUACUGGCUGAGUAUAAAUAUACAAAUAUAUUACGUAAAGAUGGUUCGGAUGUCUUGUUUAUAACCAACGGUUAUUCUCUGUCUUGGUCAUCAUCAGUAAUACCAAAAUUAAAAUCCAACAACACAGACAUCAACCCUCUUUCGGCACCGGUCACAACGAUACAAAUAUCAGUUUUAGCAGCUCUAUCCGCCAUUGCGAGCGUUCUGGGACUGAUCGUAACCUCAAAAAUAUCGGACAACAUCGGAAGAAAGCCGUCAAUUGUUAUCGUAGCCGUGGGGUUAGUCAUAUCAUUUACGACUAUGGCUUUCGUUAGAGACAUUUAUAUUUAUUUCGUUUGUUUAUUCGUCAAUGGAUUUUGUGAAAGUAUUGUGUUAGCAACUGUGCCUGUAUACAACUCUGAAAUUGCGCAUGACUCCAACAGGGGAAAAAUAGGUUGCUUCUUGGGGAUAUCCAUGCCUCUGGGAGCUUUGUUGGGUUACUGUUCCGGUAUCGCUAGCGUAAAAGUGAUAACUUUAAUGGGAACUCUAGGUCCAUGUCUGUUUUUGUUGUUUUCUUAUUUCUUAACUGAAUCACCAGUGUUUCUAGCUUCUAAAGGAAGAGAAAUGGACUGUUUAAAAUCUUUAGAAAAGUUGAGACGGACCAAAAAUGUCGAGCCCGAGUACGAGAAAAUUAAACAAACGUUGCAAAAUGUUUAUAAAAAUAGAACUUCAAACGUUUUAGAUAUUUUCAGAUCAAAGAUUUCUACGAAAGCGUUUUCCCUGUCUAUAGGACUUUGUAUCUUGCAGCAACUGUUUUCAUAUUGGCGGCUUUUAUGGCACCAAUCUUCAACCAAGCUGGUAGUUACUUAUCGGGAAACGCAUUCGGUAUCUUAGGUGGAUCAGUGAAAGUACUAGUAACGUUUGUAUCGUCAUUUUUUAUAGAUCGUUUAGGUAGGAGGCUUUUACUCUUAGUUUCCAACGUUUGUUGUAUCAUUAACUUGUGCUGUUUGGGUUUUUACUUUUAUCUGAAACACAUCCAGGCGGUUUAUAUCGAGAAUCUCAAAUGGUUACCCAUUUUGUGCAUCAUGCUGUACUACGUCGGGUUCAGUUGUGGAAUGGGACCGCUUCCUGUUGCUGUGAUGGUUGAACUAUUUUCGAACGAAUUAAGAGCCGUGGGAGUUGCAACUGUUCUCAUUAUCAACAGUUGUUUCCUCUUCGCCAUGUUGUUUUCAUUUCCAUUACUUUCUGAAUUAAUUGGAUUGCAUUUUUUCUUGUGGAUUUUAUGUUUUUGUUCCUUCAUUGGAUUUUUUUUUAUAUAUUUUACGAUUCCGGAAACUAAGGGAAAGAGUUUUGCUGAAAUUCAGAAUAUUUUAUGGAAGAAUAGCAUUGCUGUACCGGAUAGAGAUCCAGAUUCACUCGUAAUUAAUGCUUAAAUAUAUACAG